AUGGCGAUUCAAUCUACGGUUUUCUUUAUGAUCCUUCUCUUGCUUGACCAAGAAGAAAACCAUCACGACGACUUGUGCGAUUCCUCCUCCUCCGACGAUUCCCCCGUUGAGAGUCUCUCCGACGAAACCACAACAUCAUCGGACGAAUCGGUUUCUACAGUCUCCUCUAAGACGCUCACGGAGGCUGGCUUCGGUGAUCUCGUUCCCGCCGAUCUGGUGAAUUACGACGGCGAUGAUGGUGUUGCUCGCGAGGAUGAAGACGACGAUGGUGCUGAUGAAGAUUGUUUCGAUGACGAGGAUCUAGAUGAUGAGUUGAUUCUAAGGAGCGUGAGGAAGUAG